CCCACCCCCACAUUUCUCUUCUACUGACGCUGCCGCUGCUGCCGCUCCCUCCCCCCACUCCCCUUUCCCUCCUCGACCCCGCGCUAGGGUUUCCCCCCGCGCCGCCGCUGCCGCGACCCCCGGAUGCCGCCCGCGGCCAUGCCGCCGCCGCCCCCGCCCCCGCAGGGCGCCUCCACAGGGGAUCCGCUGUACGACGAGCUCUGGCACGCCUGCGCCGGCCCGCUCGUCACCGUGCCGCGCGUCGGGGACAUGGUCUACUACUUCCCGCAGGGCCACAUCGAGCAGGUGGAGGCCUCCAUGAACCAGGUCGCCGCCAACCAGAUGCGCCUCUACGAUCUGCCCUCCAAGCUGCUCUGCCGCGUCCUCAACGUCGAGCUCAAGGCGGAGGCGGACACGGACGAGGUCUACGCGCAGGUCAUGCUCAUGCCGGAGCCGGAACAAAGUGAGACGACAACGGAGAAGUCGAGCCCUGCAACAGGAGGCGCCACGCCUGCCAGGCCGGCGGUGAGGUCCUUCUGCAAGACGCUCACCGCAUCCGACACCAGCACACAUGGCGGCUUCUCGGUGCUGCGCCGCCACGCUGAUGAGUGCCUCCCUCCCCUGGAUAUGACGCAGUCUCCUCCCACACAAGAGCUUGUGGCAAAGGAUCUUCAUGGCAUGGAGUGGCGCUUCCGCCACAUUUUCCGUGGGCAACCUAGGAGGCAUCUCCUUCAGAGCGGCUGGAGCGUCUUUGUCAGUUCCAAAAGGCUUGUUGCUGGGGACGCCUUCAUUUUCCUCAGAGGAGAGAGCGGUGAGCUUCGUGUUGGUGUGAGGCGGGCUAUGAGACAGCUUUCCAACAUAGCUUCUUCAGUCAUAUCUAGUCAUAGUAUGCACCUUGGAGUCCUUGCAACUGCAUGGCAUGCUAUCAAUACAAAAACCAUGUUCACUGUCUACUACAAACCCCGGACAAGCCGUUCUGAGUUCAUUAUACCAUAUGAUAAAUAUAUGGAGUCUGUUAAAAACAUUUAUUCUAUUGGGACGAGGUUCAAGAUGAGGUUUGAAGGGGAAGAGGCACCAGAGCAGAGGUUUACUGGGACUAUAGUGGGCAGUGAUAAUCUUGAUCAAUUGUGGCCGGAAUCAAGCUGGAGAUCCCUUAAGGUGCGUUGGGAUGAGUCGUCAACUAUUCCACGGCCGGAUAGAGUCUCUCCUUGGGAAAUAGAGCCUGCUUCAUCACCUCCUGUUAACCCGCUUCCCAUUUCUCGGCCCAAAAGAUCUAGACCAAAUGUUCCUCCAGCUUCUCCUGAAUCGUCUGUUCGUACAAAAGAAGGUGCAACUAAGGCUGAUAUGGAUUGUGCUCAAGCACAACGAAAUCAAAAUAACACUGCCUUGCCAGGUCAAGAACAGAGGAGCAAUAAGCUAACUGACAUUAAUGACUUUGAUGCUAGUGUUCAGAAGCCUAUGAUGUGGUCACCACCACCACCACCCAACAUCGGAAAAAACAACCCACUAACGUUUCAGCAGAGGCCCUCUGUGCAUAAUUCGUUUCAGUUGGGAAGGCGUGAAACUGACUUUAAGGAUGCCAGUUCUGGUGCUCAACCUUUUGGUGAUUCCCUAGGCUUCUUCAUGCAGACAACCUUUGAUGAGGCUCCAAAUCGUCUUAGUUCAUUCAAGAACCAGUUUCAGGACCACAGUUAUGCUCGUCAAUACGCAGAUCCGUACUUAUUUAUGCAUCAGCAACCUUCCUUGACUGUUGAAUCAAGUAGAAAGAUGCACACAGAGAACAAUGAGAUGCAUUUCUGGAAUGGGCCGAGCACUGCAUACAGUAAUUCAAGAGAUCAAGCACAAGACUUCAGAUUUACAGAACACCCAUCAAAUUGGUUAAGUCCGCAGUUCUUCCGGGCAGAACAGCCACGAGUGAUCAGGCCUCACGCGUCAAUAGCUCCUAUUGAGCUGGAGAAAACAACAGAAGGCAGUGAUUUCAAGAUCUUUGGGUUUAAAGUUGAUACUGCCAGUGCUGGUUUUAACCAUUUGAACUCCCCAAUGGCUGGAACGCAUGAGCCUGUGCUACAAACUCAACCAUCUGUAUCAUUAGAUCAUUUGCAAACUGAUUGUUCUCCUGAGGUGUCCUUAAGCAUUGCUGGGACGACUGAGAAUGAGAAAAACAUGCAGCAAUGUCCGCAGAGUUCAAAAGACGUCCAAAGCAAGUCCCAUGGUGCUUCCACAAGGAGUUGCACAAAGGUUCAUAAGCAAGGUGUUGCACUUGGUAGAUCAGUGGAUCUCUCAAAGUUCGUUGACUAUGAUGAACUCACAGCUGAGCUAGACAAGAUGUUUGAAUUUGAUGGCGAACUGUUGUCCUCAAACAAAAAUUGGCAGAUCGUUUAUACUGACAACGAGGGUGACAUGAUGCUCGUGGGAGACGAUCCAUGGGAGGAGUUCUGCAGCAUAGUGCGCAAGAUAUGCAUUUACACCAAGGAGGAGGUCCAGAAGAUGAACUCGAAACCAUCUGGCCCAAAAAAGGAGGAAGGUUCAGUGGAUGGUGACGGCGCAACCGAGAAGGCCCAUCUUCCCGCAUCAAGCGAUUUAAAUUCUAGCCAACUAGGUUGUGUCAAGGCCGACUGAGGCGAGGUAUCGCGGGGGGCUAGGUCCCAGCAAAGAAGUAACAACCCCUGAAAGUAUGGUCUAUCGCUAUUGCUAUUGUUGAUCACCACCAACUCCCCCACUCCCCUUCUGAUGCAACAACCCUUUGGCUGUACUGUAGUUACUAGUAGGAAAUGUAGAGACUUUGGUGCGCAAUCGCGCUUGUCGGCUGGUUUGUUCUUCGGCAGAGAGAGAGAUCCAGGGCCAAGGCUGUCCCUUUGCUUGGAUGCUCAUUGGUGAUCCGAUCCAUCCCUGAUGUAAAUAUUUAUGUAUGUAGGUAGCGUUAGUAUGUAAUCUGUCUGUAUUAACCAUCCAUGAACCAGCAAUGUCUAUCUAUUCCGGGAGUGACAGUGGUAGUAGUA